AUGGGACUGUCAGGACCGAAGCAGAAGCAGCGACUCGUGGGGUCUGCGAGCACCCGUAACACCGCUUGGCUCAACGAUGCAUCCGCACCGGGACAACGCAUGCUCGCACAGAUGGGCUGGUCCACAGGCCAAAGUCUCGGCCUCACCAUGCCCGGCCUCACAGAGAACCUCAAAGUGGCUUACAAGAUGGACAAUAAGGGUAUCGGUGCUCAGCGCCACGAACGGGAGGCGAGAGCCAACGGCAAGGACAUCUGGGUCGGUGGUGGUGGCGACCUCGGCAGCCUCUUCGAGCGACUCAACGCUGCCAAUGCCGCUUCUUCGUCGUCUUCUGCGGUAGCUUCAGCAUCCUCUCCCGCAGAUGGCAGCGGCGACGAAGAGAAGUCAAAGAAGAGCAAGGAGGACAAGAAAGAUAAGAAAGAUAAGAAGAAGGACAAGAAGGAAAAGAAGGAAAAGUCGACGGACGAGAAGUCAAAAAAGAAGCGAAAACACAACGACUCGGACGAUUCUUCUCGAGAGAAAACUAAGAAGAGCAAAAAGGACAAGUCCGAGUCAAAGAAAAGCAAGCGGUCUCUGGAAAAGCAGAAGGCGGAUGUGGUGGCUGUUGUGGCAGGUGCAGACCCGACGCUGGCAGCGGACAAGGCAGCAGUCGAUGCGAUCAAGACGGAUAUCGCACAAGGCCGGCCCGUCAGAAUGGCGCAUCGGGCCAAGUUUCUGCGAGCCAAACGCAUGGUGUCGGCGAACGACCUUGCGAGUGUCAACGAGAUCUUGGGUAUUGCAUCGACACCAUCUUCCUCUGCAGCUGGCACUCCGAAAGCGACAUCGGGCACCUCCACCCCAACGACCAAAGCAACAAAGACGUACCCAGGACCCGGAGGUAGCGAGAUCCCAUUGAUGGACGUAGAUCGACGCUUGGAAACGGAGCAAGACGCUCGAUCUCAAAGCAGCUCAUCCGAGGAGAAAGGCAAGAAGAAGAAGGACAAGAAAGACAAGAAAGACAAGAGGAAGGACAAGGACGCAAAGAAGAGCAAGAAGAGUGCGUCUGCCGAGGAGACAAGUGCGCCCACCACCAGCGACGAAGAGGUCGUCGCCGCUGCUGCUGCUGCUAUAGCCGAAGAGAAGGAAAAGGCAACGCAGAUCGGAACCAAUUCGCAAAGUCUCUACGUGUUUGAGUACCUCAACCGUCGCCUAAUCAUCCGAAAGGCCCAGAUCGCAAAGCAGAAAAAGGCCGAGCAGGAAGCCAUUUUCGCACGAGCUGCUCGUGUUGGCGCCUAG